AUGGCUUCUUUUUGGCACCGUCUGUUCGGGCGUGAAUCCAAUUCCGCUGACCGGAAGCCGAAGGAUUCUCCCAAGAAAAAGCUUGCGGGCCACCGCCGAAGCAUAUCACAACUCUUUUCCUCGCCAAUGAGGAAGUUCUCCGAUCGUGAAACCAGCCCACAACCUCCCCCACACCCCCCGACAAAACACAGAGUAAGGAUAUCUUGCCAUGAGAGGAUCCAUUACCCCAUAUAUAACCCCGAUGACCCACGGCACAAUCCAGAGGUUCGGAAUCGACCACCACGCAGAGUUCUACGGAAGAGUCUGGAUCAAGCAGCCGCACCACGAACAGUAUCCCUUAAAAAGGCAUCGCCGUCAAAAUCUCUCCGCCAGGCACGUUCCAACUUGAAGGCGCUGGCAGACAGCAUUCGACCCAAAUCCAUUUUCAAUCGCAAGAGCAUUCCAUCUUUCCCAGAGGCUACAUCCUCCGCGCCUGAACCUGGUCGGUCGCAACUUGGAACUUUACCCUCAAAAUCCGAAGACGGAGCUUUCGUCCACCGCUCCCUUCCUGUGGAUAUUCCAUCGAAUUGUUCUGCAUCAAAGGCGACAAAUAAUGACCCACAACCGAAAUCCUUCUCCCCUAGCACCGCCGCGAUGUCCGAUGAGGCAACGUCGCUGUAUGGAACUAAGCCAUCUCUGAAAACCAAACUUUCCUGCACCCCUAUGUUAUCAAGACUUUUCGACCGCCAGAGCCGUCGGACUAGAUAUUCUAGUGAACUUGACUCUCGAAAGUCGUCGAGUGAUGCCAUAAUUGCGGGAACAGGCUUUAAUAGGAACAGUCAACUGAAAACGGAUGACGAUGGUGGCGACCUGUCAGGCGAUGAUAUUUUCGGUCCUCUAUGCGAUAUGGAAACCCCUUCGUCUCGUCAUGGCGCCCCAACUAGACCACACAUCCGAUUCAAAAUUCACGAUCCCACCAGAUCCCCUCAUUCAAAAAAUCCUGAACCAAAUGUCUUCUUGAAAUCCCCCAUUCCUUGCUCAACCACAAUCGAACACGACUCGAAUGUGUCUGACGAUGCAAGUAUCAGUUCACCUUCAUGUCAAACUACCGUUAGGUUGCCUUCGAGCUGUCGCCAGGGUUCUUCACAGAAUUCUGAUUCCCGUCUUUCGCUCGAACCGGGCAUGUGGAUGUCGAGGAAAAAUUGGUUGACUUCACAGCCGCCUAUUCAUCCUCCGUCCGAAUGCAACACUGAAAAAGAUCCGAAUUUCGGUGCCGAACUAUGCCGUACGGACUGUCAAAUAGCCGAAAGCGAUGAUUCUUUAGUAAGUAACCCUCUGUUAGGGCGCUGGCUAGUUUCCAUGGGGGCGUUUGGGAGUGAGAGUGAGCUCAAACUCUUCGAUGCAUUAUCCCUCUCAGGCUCUUCCGGAUCUCCAAAGAGCGUAGAGAGCAAAUUUACUUCUUGCCGCCACGGCGCUCUGGCUAGCCCCAACCAACAGAAUCAAAUGACUGGUGACCAGAGUGAGCUCCAUCCAUUCGUGUCCGACGAACCCAGUGAUGUGGCCAAUGCGAGUGAUCAGCACCGUUAUUUGAGUGGAUCAACGAUAGCUGGUAGCUCAGACGGCGGGCAGGAGACUGCUCAGGCUCCUUCUGGGGCCAACCAGAAUGGUGCGAUAGUCAAUUUGAACCCUCGUAUUUCAAUGCUCAGGCGCAUUCUUAGCGAGUGCCACCAAGAUCCUAUUGAUCCAUUACCUUCCGGUCUGCAGUUUAUGAUUGAGGCUAUUGAUCGAACCUCUGGUCUCGAACUAGAUUGUGCCGACGAGAAGGAAGUAUUCCAGUCACCCGCGAAGUUGUUUCCCAUUGGGUUGUCGGAAUCACUACGCGAGGAACAGCUUCGUUUGAGGAGAAGCUCUUUGAGCCAGUCUGAGGCUGGGCAGAGGGAAUGUGCACCCCCGCUUACUGAGAAUUUGUGUACAGAAGACGGGUCUCCGCGGAAGCGCAGCUGGCAUUCAAAUAUGCGUUUGUCAAUUUCUACUGAUUUGCUGGCGCCCAUAUCGCUAGGUGACUCUUCGGAUCACGGAAUUACUCCAAAGAUAUGCUCCAGCACUGACACGGGAAGAAGUGCCGGAGUUUUGAGUCGGAAGGAAGGAUCUAGUUCUGAUUCACACGGUUCUAGUCAAAGUGAGCCGAUGAGUAGCACCACCUACGCAACGACCUUUAGUUCUAUCUCAAGCAUUCGGGAUUUUGACAAGGCCAAAAACCAAAACACAUUCAGCUCAUCUAAGGAGGUGGCCAAAGGGUCUGACGUUGGUAGCGGGAAAAGGAAUAUCUAG